AGCUGAGAAGAGGAAUGUGAAGAGAAGAGUUACCGUCGCAGCCACAACUAUGUCACGACCUAUGGAAAUGACCUCACAAGAUUCAAUUACGUGCGCACCUGUAGAGGAAGCCAAGAUGGCAGACGGUGACUCUAUUCCGGUUUGCCUGGACGACGUAGAGGCAAUUGCAUUGAAAAAGAUGUCUAAAAAUGCAUACGAUCACUAUAGAAGUGGUGCCGAUGACCAACAGACUCUCGGGGACAACAGGGCCGCUUUCAAGAGAUAUCGACUGAGGCCAAUGUUUCUGCGUCAAGACGUCUCCACGCGAGAUCUCGCCACCACCAUACAGGGCGUGCCAGUAGAUUUCCCAGUCGGCAUCGCGCCAACUGCCGUACAGCGCAUGGCGCACCCGGACGGAGAAGUGGCAACAGCCAGAGCUGCAGCGUCAGUGCGUUCUUGUAUGAUCUUCAGCACGUAUGCUACCUCCAGAAUGGAAGCGGUUGCCGCCGACACACCAGAUGGCCUGCGCUGGUUUCAGCUCUACGUUUUUAAAAACCAAAAACAGACGGAGGAUCUUAUACGUAGAGCUGAGCAGAGCGGCUACAGGGCUUUGGUGCUGACCAUUGACUGCUACCAUUCAGGAACAAAACGAGCUGAUAUCAGAAACAAGUUUACUUUGCCAAAGCACCUAAGAACUGAGAAUUUAUCCGACGACGGAAAGCCAUAUGACGGAGUGUGUGGACUUGGAUUUGCACCGUUGUUAUGGAGUGAUGUGAAGAAGUUGAAAAGUUUCACAAAACUCCCUGUGGUUGUUAAAGGUGUUCUCACAGGUGAAGACGCCGUCAGGGCGGUAGAGAGUGGUGUAGACGGGAUCAUGGUAUCAAACCAUGGAGGGCGUCAGCUCGACGGUGUGCCUGCCUCGAUAGACGUGUUGUCCGAGGUUGUCCAAGCUGUCCAGGGGCGGUGUGAGGUCUACCUAGACGGUGGGGUUAGGUCAGGGACCGAUGUUCUUAAAGCUUUGGCGCUUGGCGCACGCGCAGUCUUUAUCGGCCGACCGGCGCUGUACGGAUUGGCUUACAAUGGGGAAGCAGGCGUGAAAUUGGUUCUGCAGAUGUUGAGAGAUGAACUCAGCUUGGCAAUGGCUCUAGCAGGCUGUGCCAACAUCGGGGAUAUCCAGCGUUCUUUAGUUGUCCACGAGAGUCGUUAUCUGCAACCAAAGCUGUAAUUUCCAUUAUACCCAUACUUAUUUAUUUAUUUAUUUAUUUAUUUAUUUAUUUAUUAUACACAUGGUGUUAUAUGUUCCUAAUUAAAAAGUAUUAUUGUUACAAGAGGCCCUCAGCUUGGGAGCAUAAUAUAAAUCUAAUUUGUUCAGAAUUACCCAUGUGCCAUAGCUUGGAGUUCUCCGUAAGGUGAUGUAAAGCCUCGGUCACAACCGGCCGUACGGGCUCUUACGGGCUGUUUGCGUCCAAAUUUUGCUCAGAAUCUCAC